UCAUGAUCAUCAUCAGCGCGGGGCUCGCUGCCGAUUCCCGCCGCCGCGCUCAGCUUAAGUCCGCGGGGGCGCGAAUGCCCAGCGACGACAAAACCGAACAUCUGCUGUUGCACCGUGGUGGCCUGUCGGCUCCCAGCUCCCGGCCUGGGGGGGGGGGGGUCGAGAGGUGGGGGGGGGGCGCGCAUCGCCCCCCGACCACACUAACGUCCGAGAACGACGAUCGCCGCCGCCCUCUUCUUCAAGUCGGUCCUCGCCUUGAUCUCCACCACAAAGAGCCGGAGGGACGGGUCUGCCGCCGACUCCGCGGUGGCCGACCAGCCGCCACCCUGAGCCGGGGCCGCUCGAGCUGCAUGGGGGCCGAAUCGGCCCACUCGUCGUCCAGCACGUCCGACACCUCCUCCCUGGCAGCGGGCCCCUCCUCCAGCGGCACCUGCACGAGCAUUGAGGCCCCUGCCCGCACUGCCAACAUCAGCGCCUCCUCCACCAUCCGCCGCAGCGGGGGACGCUUCCGCCGCUCGCCUAACAGCGAAGGCUUGGCGUCGACGCCGCCGCCGCGCCGUCCGCGCCGCCGCAGCGGCAGGCCGCGCAGCAAGCGGCGCGUCGUCGUCGGGGGCAACCGCACCAGUAGGCUUUCGGCCGCGGCCGUCCGCGGCGGCCGCUCCCCGCACGCGAAGAGCGUGGCGGAAAUGGCCACAUCGUGACGGCCGCAACCGUGCGGCGCGGCGCCCCAGCCGGAACUGCGGCCCGAACGGCGGCCUCCACGGGAGAGGCGCCGACGGCCGAGGGAACCCCUCUAGGCCCCGACAUCCCGUAGCUGCGCCUCGCCGGGAAGGGGACGCGCGCGGGCGAGGCCGUGCGAUCGCUUGAACU